AUGGAUGACAAGUCGCCAGCAGGCAAUGCGAGUGCUAACUCGGAUACCGAUUCCCUUCGUUCAAGCAACUAUGAGCAGGGCCGGGAAGAGGUUCGCAUUGCCAACCCACAGGCCAUGACCAUGACUCAGACCGGUGUCGAUGUUGAAAAAGCCGAGUAUGAAUUUUCGGAGCUGAACAGACAAUUUUCCAGUAUCUCGCACCAAGCUCGCCGACUGUCAAAGCAAGCAUCCCGGGCUUCUAAGCCCACUGCCACCGCCAAAGAUGUUGAAAAAGCUGGGAGCUCGGCCGACUCUGAUGAACCAUGGGAUCUGGAGACAACUCUAAGGGGCAACCGAGCUGCGGAGGAAGAAGCAGGCAUCAAAGAUAAACAUAUCGGAGUGAUUUGGGACAACCUCACGGUUCGCGGCAUUGGCGGCGUGAAAACCUUCAUAAAAACCUUCCCCGAUGCAGUCAUUGAUUUCUUCAAUGUCCCCGAGACUAUCAUGCAUAUGCUUGGCUAUGGAAACAAAGGCAAAGAAUACAACAUCUUGGAAGGGUUCCGAGGUCUCACAAAACCCGGAGAGAUGGUGUUGGUGCUUGGACGGCCAGGUUCUGGAUGCACUACAUUUCUCAAAGUUAUUGCCAACCAACGAUUUGGGUAUACCGGUGUUGACGGGGAAGUUUUGUAUGGACCUUUUACAUCCGAGACAUUCUCAGAGAGAUUCCGCGGCGAGGCUGUGUACAACCAAGAAGAUGAUAUCCACCAGCCCACUUUGACCGUCAAGCAGACGCUUGGGUUUGCACUAGACACGAAAACUCCUAGAAAGCGGCCUAUGGGUGUGUCCAAGUCCGAAUUCAAAGAAAAGGUCACAGAUAUGCUGUUGCGGAUGUUCAACAUCGCUCACACUGCCAACACUGUGAUUGGAAACCAGUUUAUUCGCGGCGUGAGUGGUGGCGAGAGACGGCGUGUCAGCAUCGCGGAAAUGAUGAUCACCUCCGCGACUGUGCUGGCGUGGGAUAACAGUACUCGCGGUCUCGACGCCUCCACGGCGUUGGACUUUGCCAAGUCACUACGUAUUUUGACCAACAUCUACAAGACCACAACGUUUGUUUCUCUCUACCAGGCAUCUGAGAACAUUUAUAAGCAAUUUGACAAGGUUCUUGUCAUCGACAACGGCCGUCAGGUGUUCUUCGGCCCCACGGAUCAAGCUCGUGCAUACUUCGAGGGACUUGGCUUCCGAGAAAAACCUCGCCAAACUACUCCUGACUACUUGACUGGUUGCACCGACCCCUUUGAAAGAGAGUUCCGAGAAGGACGAAGUGCUGAGAACGUGCCUUCAACACCCCAGGCACUCGUGGAGGCCUUCGAAAAGUCCUCAUUCAGCAAACAGCUUGACGACGACAUGCAGGCGUACCGCGCGCAGGUUGAGCAGGAAAAGCAGGUCUACGAUGAUUUCGAAAUCGCCAACCUAGAGUCUAAACGCAAAUUCACAUCAAAGUCCUCUGUCUAUUCAACCCCGCUUCAUCUUCAGAUAUGGGCCUUGAUGCAGCGGCAGUUCUUGAUUAAAUGGCAAGACAAGUUCGCUUUGACUGUCUCCUGGAUUACCUCUACCGGCAUUGCGAUCAUCCUGGGCACUGUGUGGUUGAAGCAGCCUGAAACAAGCGCCGGUGCAUUCACCCGUGGUGGUCUACUGUUUAUCAGUCUGCUGUUCAAUGGUUUUCAGGCUUUCUCGGAACUUGCAGGCACUAUGAUCGGUCGAUCAAUCGUCAAUAAACAUCGAUCAUUCACGUUCUACCGACCAACUGCACUCUUCAUCGCUCAAAUCAUUGUUGACACAACGUUUGCCAUCGCAAGGAUCCUCAUAUUUGCGAUCAUCGUCUACUUCAUGUGCGGUCUUGUUCUCGACGCGGGUGCUUUCUUCACGUUCGUGUUGAUCAUUCUUACCGGAUAUGUCUGCAUGACUGUGGUGUUCAGAACGAUCGGCUGCCUCUGCCCCGACUUUGACUAUGCCAUGAAAUUCGCUGCGGUGAUCAUCACACUUUUUGUUCUGACCUCUGGCUAUCUUAUUCAAUGGGCCACCUCACAGGUUUGGCUGCGGUGGAUCUAUUAUAUUAAUCCAUUUGGUCUCGGCUUUGCAUCGCUGAUGGUGAAUGAGUUUAGUCGCCUGACGAUGACUUGUACAAAGGACUCACUAGUACCGAGUGGGCCUGGCUAUACCGACAUCGACCACCAGGCGUGUACCCUGGCAGGUGGUGAACCGGGAUCUGCAAUCAUCCCAGGUUCCAACUACUUGAUGACUACAUUCAGCUACGCAAAGGGGGAUCUCUGGCGAAACUUUGGAAUUAUGCUUGCUUUGAUCGCGGCUUUCCUGGCUUCCAACUUGUAUCUGGGCGAGACUGUUCAAUUUGGUGCUGGCGGGAAGACGAUUACAUUCUUCCAGAAAGAAAAUAGCGAGCGUGAGGAGCUCAACAAGGCUUUGGAGAUCAAAAAGGCCAACCGGCAAGCGAAGGCAGUGGACACUGGGGCCAAUCUGAAGAUUAACUCGACCUCGGUUUUCACUUGGGAGAACGUCUGUUAUGAGGUGCCAGUACCCUCUGGAACGCGACAAUUGCUGAAUUCGGUCUACGGCUACGUUCAGCCGGGAAAAUUGACCGCUCUGAUGGGCGCAUCCGGUGCUGGCAAGACAACAUUGUUGGACGUCUUGGCUGCCAGAAAGAACAUCGGUGUGGUUUCAGGCGAUAUCCUAGUUGAUGGUCAAGCCUCUGGAACAGCUUUCCAGCGAGGGACAUCGUAUGCUGAGCAGCUGGAUACCCAUGAAGCAAUGGCGACCGUCCGAGAGGCCUUGCGAUUCUCUGCUGAUCUCCGUCAGCCAUUCGAAACGCCGCGGUCGGAAAAGUACGCAUAUGUCGAGGAGAUCAUCAGUCUUCUUGAGCUGGAAAACUUGGCGGACGCUAUUAUUGGAACCCCCGAGACUGGUCUCUCCGUCGAAGAAAGGAAGCGUGUCACUAUCGGCGUUGAGCUGGCAGCUAAGCCCGAGCUUCUGCUGUUCCUGGAUGAGCCUACCUCGGGCUUGGAUAGUCAGUCAGCCUUCAACAUUGUUCGAUUCCUGAAGAAACUUGCAGCAGCUGGUCAAGCUAUUCUUUGCACAAUUCACCAGCCCAACUCCGCGCUUUUCGAAAACUUCGAUCGCUUGUUGCUUCUUCAGAAGGGUGGCGAGUGCGUUUACUUCGGAAACAUUGGCGCUGAUUCUCACGUUUUGCUGGAAUAUUUCCGUCGCAACGGGGCUGAUUGUCCCCAUGAUGCGAAUCCGGCGGAAUGGAUGCUCGAUGCCAUCGGCGCUGGUCAAACACGACGCCUUGGUGACCGUGACUGGGGUGAUGUGUGGCGUACGUCUCCUGAGCUGGAGUCGGUUAAGAAGGAAAUUGUCCAAAUCAAGGCCGAUAGAGCUCAAGCUGUGAUCCAGAUAAGUGAUCAAGGUCAAAAUGCAGUUGAAAAGGAGUACGCCUCGCCUUUGUGGCAUCAGGUCAAGGUUGUCGGACGACGAACCCAUCUCUCCUUCUGGCGAUCUCGAAACUACGGUUUCACCCGACUGUUCACUCACGUUGUCAUCGCUGUCGUUACUGGCCUUGCAUUCUUGAAUCUUGAUGACUCUAGGUCGUCAUUGCAGUACCGCAUCUUCGUCAUCUUCAAUGUCACGGUGCUUCCAGCCAUUAUUCUCCAACAAGUGCAGCCCAAAUACGACAUGUCACGACUGAUCUUCUACCGCGAGUCAGCAUCCAAGACAUACAGUCAAUUCGCUUUUGCCUUUUCCAUGGUUCUGGCUGAGUUGCCAUAUAGCAUCCUCUGUGCUGUCUGCUUCUUCUUGCCUCUAUACUACAUCCCAGGCUUCCAGUCGGCUAGCGAUCGUGCUGGGUACCAAUUCCUCAUGGUCCUUAUCACAGAGAUUUUUGCCGUGACACUAGGCCAGAUGAUUUCGGCACUGACCCCCAACAGCUUCAUUGCGUCGCAGCUCAACCCCCCGAUCGUGAUCAUUUUCUCGCUCUUCUGCGGCGUCGCCAUUCCUAAACCCCAAAUGCCGAAAUUCUGGCGUUCCUGGCUCUAUCAACUCGAUCCGUUUAAUCGCUUGAUCGGCGGUAUGGUUGUGACUGAGCUUCACGGUCGCCCAGUUCAAUGCUCGGCUAUUGAAUGGAACUCGUUCCACGCCCCAGCCAACCAGACUUGUGACGAAUAUAUGCAACCAUUCUUUCAGCGGGGAGGUAAUGGAUACCUCCUGAACAAUACGACGCAGCUUUGCAAGUAUUGUGCGUAUAAGAUUGGCGAUCAAUUCUACUCUGCCUUCAGCAUGGACUUUAACAACCGGUGGCGCGACUUGGGCAUUUUUAUCGCGUAUGUCGGGUCAAAUUUGAUUAUCUUGUUCUUUGCGUCUCGGUUCUUGAAUUUCAACCGAAGAUAG